AUGAUUGCCUCCGAGAUCAUCUGUGAUGACACCUAUCCUUACAAUGCCUGGUGCACUGUGAGCCAGGGUGUGCUCACCCUCCGCGAGAUCAAUCAGAUGGAGUGUGAGAUGUGCAGUUAUCUCGGGUGUCAGAUCAAUGUCAAGCCCUCGGUCCUGUGCAAUUUUGAGCCAUUAUCUUGCUCCUGCCGUCGCCCUCCUCCUUCACGCACUCCAUCCCCACCCCAUCUCCACCUCCUUCCCCAUGUUUGGCCUGCGGACACCCUUCAGCACCGGCAAGGUGCAGGGCGAUGCUGUGUCGCUGUCGUUUCAUACACUCCCCUCUACGUGCAAGUCCGGGUCGACCUCCUGGUCACCCACGUCACCCGCCGCCACUUCCUCCACCCUCCACACCUCCACACAUUCCUUUGGGCUGCGUACAUUCUCUUUCAAGUCUAUGCAGCCCGGGUUCAUGCACUAAUCCACCUUACACACACCCAAUUCCGAGAUGCCCACCCCGUCGCACUCAACCUCGACGUCCACCCCUCCUCGCAUGCACCCUUCACCUCGGCCUCGACCUUCAGGCUGCAGACGUCAUUUGUCGGCUUCUCAGCCUCGACGUGUAGACGCUGGUCGUAA